AACGUGCAUUGGGACCAGUACAAAAUGGGUCGAGCUUCUAAAAUUGUAAAAGUUCGAAACGCAUUUUAUUUUCAAACCAAUGUUUGCAAACCAAUGCUUUUUUAAAUCGCGUUGCACAACUUUGCAGCAAGGCAAGAGAUGUUCGCUAAUUUUGGUAGAUGUAGCCUAGCCUUCUGCUCUGUGUGCAUCACGGGGAACUUCAAGAUUCUCAAUCUGAUCAAGAGCUAUCUGCUCUUUGCUGAAGAGGACGCGGUCCUACCGGAAACUAAACUUUUUUUUAAACUUGUUUCGAAGCAAUGAGUCAGAAAAGAAGAAAGCUGUAAUAAAAAGUUGAAAUGUUUUCAGUUCCUUAAAAAAUAUUAUUGACGUGUAAAAGUGGACGGCAAAAGAAAGAGAAAUAGGCUACCCACCCAGAGAUUUUGGACGAUAAUCUCUUGGACCAGUGUUUUCGAGAGGAUAACGGAACUUCGUUUCUUCUUAUCAUGGAAGAUGGUGUGAAAGGAACCACACCCUCUUUCACAGGGAAGGCAGGCUGGGUGAAGAAAUCCUCAGGCAAGCUACUGGGCAGCUACAAAGAGCGCUACAUCAAGGUGGAGAAGACAGAGAUGGUGGUGUUCGAAAAUCAGGAGUUACAGACCUGCUUAGAGAGAGUGGAUCUGGAGAAGUAUGAUAAAUGCCUUGAUUUGCGGAGCACCUUCAAGAAGAAGAACCGGCUGGUGCUGAUCCGAGCCCACAAGCAGGGCAGUAAGGUCCAUGAUGUCAAGCUUCAGGUUGAGAAUGCUGAGGAGAAGGAGGUAUGGAUCAAGGCCCUCAAUGAUGCCAUCAACAGAGCUAAAAAUAAGAUCUUUGAUGAGGUAAAAGUAGAUGAAAGCUGUUCUUUAGACCAUGUGACUCGGUCUCGUCCUCGUGGAACCCAAAGCCGUAGGCCACCUUCCAGAAUACACAUGAAGGAGGUAGCCAGUUCUUCCUGUGAUGGUAUCGUAAGGCUUGACCUGGAUCCAGUUGAACACACACCCAAUGGGACCCAUGAGCUGAAUGCAGCCACAGUUGAAGUCUCUGACAAAAAGUCAGAGCCCAUAGCGAAGCCACCCAUGCCCCCGUCACAGCCCAGCGAGGACCUCCAGGACACACCCAGCGAGGAGAGGAUGGCUAACCCCACACCCCCGUUAAAGGAGAGCAAACCCAAGGUACUGGGGGAAGGUGACACAUCUGCUGGGACCACUACUGACAGCAGCUCAGAACCAGUGGUACCAGAAAAACGUACAGGCACGGAGGAUCGUGAGGAGGACUAUCCCUUUGAAUUACCAUCUGAGCCACAGCUCAGCACCACCUCUGAGCAAGUCAUGGGCAGGGAUGGGCUCAACCCCACCCCCUAUGAUACACCCGUCAUUGCACCAGUGGACCCUACCCCCUCUGAUACACCCAUCAGUCCACCAGUCGACCCUACCGCCUCUGAUAUACCCAUCAGUCCACCAGUGGACAUGCCCACAUCACCUGUACUCCAACAGGAUGAGUCUGGCCAACCCACCCCUGAACGUGAACACUCUGAACACAAGGUGCUCUCUGAACAGGAAGUGGUGAGUCCAGUGCUGAAUGCUGAACCCCCAGCAUCCUAUAGGACAGAGGUCCAGUUUGUUAUAGGCCCUGUCCAGCUGCUGGUCAGUAAACCUGCAGAAUAUGCACAAGAAACAUCUCCAGAUUUGCUUCCAGAAUCUGUUCCAGAACCUUCUCCAGAAUCUCUUCCACAACCCUCUCCAGAACCUGCUCCAGAAUGUCCUCCACAACCCUCUGCAGAACCUGCUCCAGAGAGUACUGGCCUGCCAGCCCCCUCUAAUAUGAAGUCCCUGAAGGUCCUCGAUGUCAGUGAUCACUCAGGAGGCCACUGGGAAGGGUCAGCGCAUGAUCCAGCUUCCUCAAGAGAGUCGAUUACUCCUCUUGAUGAUGGCAUGUCAGGGAGGUUGGUUACAGAGCUGCGGACUGAAUUGCACAAUGAGAGACUGGGGUGUCUGUCAGAGGAAAGCGGAAGUAGCCCCUCCACGGGGCAAGAAGACAGUGGCCAGAAAUCACACACUGUGACUGACAGCUGUCCCAGUUUGGAGAAGGACUGGGCUGGGAGGCCCCCUCUCUCCAUCCCCACCCCCGUCGGGGAGCUGCUGUCUGCUGGGGAGGAGCAGCAACCCGACGUGGACGAGCUGCGCAGCCGCGUUGCCCACGAGCUGCAGACCACCCAGGAGCUUCUGGGAGAGGUGUGCCAAGAAGAAGCGCGAGGCCCGGUGCCAGAGGAUCUUCUGAUAAAGGCUGCCGAGAAACUGCAGCUGGCCCAGCUCUGCCUGAGAGAGGCAAGCACCCUCAAACUCUGUCAACCCUCCAGCAGGAAGGACAAGAGGAUAAGCUGGUGACCUCACACACAAUACACACACACAAUCUCUCUCUUUCUUUCUCUGUGACACACGUAUAGCGGUGAACAUAGAGUGCACUCCCCACCUCAAAAAAGCACCAUGGCAACAUUUUUCUAACCACUUCCUGAAACGUAAUAUGCAUUUUUUUUUUGGCUGUUGUUUAGAACACCAAAUAAAGUAUCAGUCAUGUUUGUACCAUACACAUUUACUUACAUUAUAACUUUGCUUAAAAAAUUGUACAUGAAUUGUACUUGAAUCUUCAUGAGGGUGGUGCAUUACAUUAGCAUAACAGCUUUCAUGCUACUUUUAUGUUUCUUGCAACAUCUUAUUUUCUUAUUGGUCAUCAUGAUGCUGAAUGCAGUCUGCAGUCCUGUGGGACAGAAGAGAUCAAUCAAUUCCAAUAUCAUUGUCACAACAUCUGAAUAAUUGUUUGUUCUGUGCAUGUGGAAGAUUGUAUGAUGGCAUGGAUACAGAAAGGGAAAUGCAGAGUGAAUUUAAGGACAGCGACAGUGCAGCAGCCUCCCCAUGAGAGCAGCUGAUCUUCUGGAUGUUUAAUUGUUGCUGAUCUCUAACCAAUGAACUCUUGAUUAGAGGCUAACUCAAAUACUUUUCCUGAGUACUUCCUGUGUGUUGAGCGGAAUAAAUGAAUUGGAAGAUUCUCUGUUGAGUAAAAAUAGAGCAGGUAACCCACUGUAGUAUGCAUAUUUGAUAUCAGUCUAGAAAAGUGUAGUUUGUCAUAUUACACAUUUAACCAUGCCAUGCUUCUUUUAUUGCCUAAACUGUGACUGCAAUGGUUACUUACUUUCAUUUUAGGAUUCUUGCUAGUGAUACGCAAGCCUAACAUCAUGGUAUAGCUGAAUUUGUCCAUUCACUGUUCAAAAACCUGAUAAAUGAUCUAAUCUUUUCUGAUGUCCAUGAAUGUCUUGACUAUAAAAACAGAUAUAUAGAAAAAUAAAUAUAAAAGAUUUAUGUGUA